CUCGGAUCCUCAAUUCUCUACACCUCAUCACCUCGACGGCAGCAGCGGACGGGUGAUGGCUCGCUCCCCGCCUACGCAGUCGCUGGGUCUCUCAGCAGCGGCUUUGAUACCCGCGACAUUCUCUUUGGUGGCCAUCUCCCCCGCAGUGCAAUGGGGCUGGUUGGAUGCCUCGCACUCCAAGUCCCUGCAGGCCGUGCUGCGAAUGGACGACCUCUUUCCAGGGCUGCUGCCUAGCAUCGGCUUCUCCAUUGCGGCCUACUUUGCGACCGUGGUGGCUGUAGGCGCGUGUAGAGAGACGUUCGGGCAGAGAGGGUUUCAGGGGAGAGAUUUGCUCAAGCCCAAGGUCAAGGAGGCGAUACCUGAGACUUUGGGCCUACCAGCCUCCUGCAUUUACCUUCUCGUCCUCUUCCUCUUCAUUCCAUUUCGCUAUUACGUGGUCCCCGAGGGCGUUGGUGGCUUGAAUCCACGAACAACAAACGAUGGCGGCUGGUUCGGCGAUUUGGGUGGGCGCCGCGGCUUUCCCCAUCACGAGCUCGCCGUCUACCUGUCUGCCCUUCUCUCGCUGCUCAGCUCCCUUGUUCUGGGCUUCUGCGACGACGUCUUUGACAUUCGAUGGCGCUUCAAGAUGCCAAUACCCAUCGUGGCGUCAAUACCUAUGCUGCUCGUCUACUACGCUGGGCAGGGUGGCACAGGGCUUGUAGUGCCUGGCUGGCCGGCAUGGCUGCGGACUGCCGUGGGAGCCAACGUUGUUGACCUCGGCCUCCUCUACUACCUCUUCAUUUCCCUCCUCUCGACCUUUUGCACACACAGCAUCAACAUCCUCGCUGGAAUAAACGGCGUGGAAGUAGGCCAAGCCCUGAUAAUCGCUUCCUCUCUCUGCCUAAACGACUUCCUCUACCUGCCCAUCCGUCUUGCCUUGUCGGAACACUACCUUUCGCCCUCUCAUCCAAUCGCGUCGCCCUCCUCCCUACAAAGCGAGCUAGUCGGCCGCCACCUGUUUAGCUUGAGCCUCAUGCUCCCCCUUGUGGGAACUUGCGCAGGCCUUCUCGCGUGGAAUCGCCAUCCCGCCCUGGUCUUCGUGGGGGACACCUUUUGCUAUUUUGCAGGUCAAGCAUUAGCAUGCGCAGGCGUUCUCGGCCACUUUUCCAAGACGCUGUUGCUCUUCUUCUUGCCGCAGGUCUUCAACUUCUUAUUGAGCUGCCCACAGCUCUUCGGCUUUGUCCCUUGCCCGCGGCAUAGGGUUCCCAAGGUGCAUAGCGAGACUAUGGCCCUUUAUCCUUCGCUGGUCGUCUUCCCGCGAGGUAGCAAGCGACCGCUAAAGAUGAUGGGCAAAGGCAUGCUGCUCAUUCUCGAGACGCUGCGAUUCAUCAAGAUCUACAGGGCACGCGACCUUGGUGCUGGCGCUGAGAGUGGGCGCGACGGAAAUGACAUCGUCGCCGCAACGAACUUGACCCUCCUCAAUACGAUCCUCGUUGUCGCCGGCGUCCAGGUCCCCCUCGAGGAUGUCAAAUGGCGUUUAGCCAGCGAAUCGUUAGCUUCGCCCGUCGAACAGCCAUCAAUACCCUCGCCUCAAGGCCCAUACAUCGACGAGGCCCGACUGUGGCGGAUGACCAUGGGCGUUCAGCUCCUGGGGAGCGCUGUGGCCUUUGGUGUACGGUACUGGGCCGCCGCUAUCGUUUUUCCGCAAACCUAGAAGAGUAUAGUCACGGUCAUGCUAAUGUUACAUUUUGAUUGCCAUGU